CGCGGCGGUUCAGACAGGGCUAACAUGCUAAUGGAGAGAGGGGUGGCGCGCCGUCUCUCCUCCACACGUCCUCCCCAAAUCCUCCACACGGGGCCGUUUAAAACGAGCCCUCACACAGACAGAAGCACUUUAAAACACUUCCGAGACGAGUUUGUGUGUAUUUGGAGAGGAGGAGAGGUGUUAGAGGAAAGUGGAAUAACCCGCACCUCCCUAAAGUUUUGAUAGUAGUUGCCGCUUUGCCAUGUCCGUGUCACAUAUACACACAGAGAGAGAGAGAGAGAGAGAGAGCGCAGUGAUUUAGCACUGAAGUAGGACUGAAGAAGAGCAGUUCCACCAUUUAAAGUUAAAUCUGGUUUGUUUUGGUCAUUUUUACUCCUCAGAGUCAUGUGAGGUGUCCUGUAAUGUCCACGGAGCAGGAUAAAGAUUCAUUAUCGCUGAAAAGAAACAGAGGAGGUGACGGUGGUCUGGACGGUUUCGGAGGGCCUGGUUUGCUCCUGGGGAGCCCGGAUAAAAAGAAACGCAAGCCGAAUACACAGGCGCCGUUGUUCACGCCCCUCUCUGAAUAUGCGCCUCCUCCGAACCCGAGCUCCGAUCACCUGGUGGCUUCCAACCCGUUCGAUGAUAACUACAACUGUCCUCAUGCGUCUCUGAAACCCCUGAACAACACCAACCCCUACUUCGGCCCGGCUCACUACCCGGGGUUCGGUGGUUAUGGGCCGCCUCGUAUGGUACCGCACAUCCAGAACAGGAUGCCUGCUCCUUUUGGGUCUCAGUUUCAGAUCCGGAACCAGCCACACCUGUUCGCCCAGAACCCGAUGGGCCCGAUGGGUUUUAACCGAGCACCCGGGUUCAACUACGCGCAUCCCGAGAACCCGGCCUUCGCUAUUCAGCCCAUGUUUCACAACAACGGUGGCAUGCCCCAGCACUUCAGACCGGGUCCUGGAGAGAGCAUCAGCCAGCUUUCUCUUUCUAACAUGAACCAGAACCACGGUCCAGAUCCGAUAUUCGGCCCGGAGGUGACAAUGGGCGGGAAUCGUCUUGUGGCUGUGAUGAAAUCCGGCCCAGAUAUGAGCCCUGGACUGAAUUUUGCCCAGCCUACGACGCCGAAACAGGAACCGGGCGAGAGCGGAAACAAGAACGCUACGCCUCCACGGAAACCGAGCCAGAUCUUAGAAGAGGGCGGAGCUCCAGAGAGCCAGACGGAGCUUAAAGCGAAAAACAGAUCUAAUGUCGAAGGAGGUGUGGAGAAGAUCAACGGUGUCCUUCACGCCAACACCGAACCGCUAAAGAAGUCUUCUCAGCCUGUCACGGAGAGCAGCGGCGAGAGGAACCGCCGGCCCAACAGCGGCAAAACCGGCUCGGCCAACAGCAAGAGAAAUCGCACGAGUGGCUCCGCCCCCUCCGAGCCCAUGUACCCAUGCGGGAUCUGCCUGGGUGAAGUGAACGACGAUCAGGAGGCCAUCUUGUGCGAAGCCUCGUGUCAGAAGUGGUUCCACCGUGUGUGCACGGGGAUGACUGAGACGGCCUACAACCUGCUGACCGCCGAGACGGCCGCCGUGUGGGGCUGCGACUCCUGCAUGGACGAGAAGGACGGAGCGCAGCUGCUCAAAACCAGGGAGGCGUCCGGCUCGGCUACGGCAAACAGCGAGGGACAAACCUGAGUGGUGUGUGUGUGUGUGUGUGUGUGUGUGUGUUGUCAUCACACACAUUUUAACAUGCAGAUCUUUUUUUUUUGUAGCAUAACUUUCUAAGUCUCAAAUCCACGCUUGAUUUUAUUAAAUCUGCUCCGGUUCCUAUUUCUCACUGAAGGAAUCUAAACGAAGCCGGCAAGACUUUCGGGGUUUUUUUUAUUAAAUCUUCACUCGUUUCUCAUAACUCUGUAGGUUCCAGGAUAUUUGUUUGUUUAAGCCCCGCCCCUUUAUCGUACAGGAGCCGGGCUGCGAUGCGUUCUGUAUCGGAAAUGCUUUACUGAGAUAGAACAGAUGCAUAAUAAUAAGAAAAAUUACGAGCAGGUGAUUCGAUUAGAAAUGUUUAAAUUAUGUACAAAGUGUAAAAUCUUUAUUUUUACAGAUUUAUUUUCCUCACUGCCUUGUGAGUGUGUGUGUGUGUGAGAGAGAGAGUGAGUUUGAGAAAGAGAAAGAGUGUGUGAGUGAGAGAGAGUGUGAGAGAGAGGGAUAGAGAGAGUGAGAGAGAGAGAGAGAGAGUAAGAGAGAGAGAGUGUGUGAGAGAGAGCGAGAGAGAGAGACAGUAAAUGAAUCUUCAGUUGCAGUUCCUCUCUCAGUGAGUGUGUGUGAUUUAGAACACUCCUCACCAUCUUUCUGUUCAGUUCUGAGGUUUCUCUACACCGUGUCUUCUGAGGUCAGAUGUCUUCCUGUGGCACAACCGCUCUCUCUCUCUCUCGCUCUCUCUCUCUCUCUCUCUCUCUCUCUCUCGCUCUCUCUCUCUCUCUCUCUCUCUCUCUCUCUCUCUCUCGCUCUCUCUCUCUCUGGGUGUCUCUCUCUCUGGGUGUCUCUCUCUCUAUCUCCUGCUGUAGAAAUUCAUUCUACCAUCUUUCAUUUUUCCUUUAGCUUUUCUUCCUUGUUUGCUCCUGGCCAAUCCUCCCCCUCCCCCGCCCCCAGAAGGCGGAGCAAGUGCUCUCGGCCCUCUUCCUCAUACUUCAGCUCUUACACAGCACCAAAGUAUCACUAUGAAUGACCAGAGAGAGAGAAUGCUCCGCUCACACAGACAGCACAUGGGCGUGGCAUCAUUACAUGAUGAUGUGAGGUAGCAGUGACCGUCUCUCUGGCCGCUUCCACACGUUUUUCUACUUUGCUUGUGCUCUCUUUCUUUCUUUUUCCCUGUGUGUUUCCUCCACUCUGCCGUUCCUUCUCUUUUCUCUUCAUGUGAUUGUGAUUAAUGUAGCAGAGAGAGAGAGAGAGAGCGAUGACAAUAAUAAUGAUGAUGAUAAUAAUAAUGUACGUUUAUUAUGCUAUAGCUUGUGCACUAAAAUGCUUCUGUAUGAUGGUUACACGGCAUUUCUUUCUCUGGAUUAUUCUGUUUUAUAUGAGAGUUUGCUACUUGAAGGUUAGGAAAAAAAUUGUACAGAAUAUAUCCAGGAUUUAUGAAUGGUAAAUAAAUGGAUUUAUAUCGCC